UGCAUAAUAAUUGUUCAUAUUACGUGAGCAAGAAUGGUUAUUUGUCAACAACCCGAUCUGCUUGUUAGAUUGUUAGUUGAUGUCCUGUGGUGUUGUGGUACCAUCGGCGAAUAAUACCUGGAGCAAAGAGAAUUAUCUAACAUCUUGCUAAGAGUUAGCCACUUCAUGUUAAACAUUUUAUGUUUUGUUAUAUUUUGGUUAUCUGGUCAAGUGGAGCUCAACUUAUCUUAUAUGUCUCGCAGUUAAUAACGGUUGCUUUUAUAUUAUAUUGAAAGAGUAACACAAUUGGGGUGUGCUACAAAGCUGAUUAUAGAGGUAGCUAGCGUUGGUAGUUUUAAUUUUGAAUCUCAUAAGAGUAUCUGGCCAGCUAAGUUAGUCGGCGCGUGCCAUGGAUGGUAUGAUAAUGGACGAUGAAGAUGACUGCCCAGAACUGGUUCCCAUCGAAACAAAACAGCAUAAUAUAUCGACAGAACAAAUCCCGGUCACUAUAAUCACUGGCUAUUUAGGUGCUGGGAAGACGACCCUUUUGAAUUAUAUAUUAACCGAACAGCAUAAUAAGAGAAUUGCUGUGAUCCUGAACGAAUUUGGGGAAGGGAGCGCUGUGGAGAAGUCCCUGGCUGUCAGCCAAGCAGGAGAGCUGUAUGAAGAGUGGCUCGAACUGAGGAAUGGGUGCCUUUGCUGCUCUGUCAAAGAUAAUGGACUAAAAGCCAUCGAAAACCUCAUGGAGAAAAAAGGGAAAUUCGACUACAUCCUGUUGGAGACGACAGGACUAGCAGACCCAGGUUCUGUCGCCUCCAUGUUCUGGGUUGAUGCCGAGCUUGGAAGUGAUAUAUAUCUGGAUGGUAUCGUCACCGUUGUUGACGCCAAGUAUGGGAUGCAGCAACUGAGUGAGCAGAAGCCGGAGGGCUUGGUGAACGAGGCGGCCAGGCAGAUUGCUCUGGCUGACCUGACAAUAAUCAACAAGACUGACCUGGUGAGCGAGGAGGAGCUGGGGGCCCUCAGAGAGACCGUGAGGUCCAUAAAUGGGCUCGUGAAAAUUCUAGAAACGCAGAAGUCAAGAGUUGACUUAUCCCAAGUGUUAGAUCUUCAUUCUUUUGAUAACAAGGACAGCAUAAGUUUAAAGGAAAAGCUGCAGUUUGUGAAAACGACACGACCACAUCUAGACAAGAGCAUUCUUACAGUGACGUUUGAAGUCCCUGGGACUGUGUCUGAGGACGUUUUAAAUACUUACAUUCAGAACCUUUUAUGGGAGAAGACCUUCAAAAACACAGCUGGGCAGCCCAUGCAUGUCAUUCGAUUAAAGGGCAUCCUGUCCUUGCGGGACAAGGCCAACCAGGUGAUGCUGCAGGGGGUGCAGGAGCUGUACGAACUGGAGGAGACACCCCAGGCCUGGGACGAAGUUGAGCCGAGGGUCAACCGCCUGGUGUUUAUAGGUAGAAAUCUGGAGCAGGCCGUUCUUCAGGAUCAGUUCAUAUCCCAGGUUGUGAAUGAGGAAGCCAGGCAGCCGCUGUAGAGCCACUUCCCCCUUACCCUGUCGUUGUCAUGGCAACCUCCACGACAACGGUACGCCACAGAGACCCUGAAACCGGCCUCACCACUCCCAGGGACGGUCUAUCCAGCUGUUUACUUGAGUAUUAGGCAUUGACGCUGUAACAACUGGCCAGUAUAUCCAGCUGUUUUACUGGGUGUUUGGCACAAAGACCGUAACAACGGUCCAAGUAUAUCUGGCUGUUUAACGGAGUAUGAGGAGCAGGCCCAAAAAAAUAUAGCUACAUUUGACAUCCUGACAACUCUUUAGCUGGGCUGUAAAAUGUAAAAAUUCUCCCGUAAAUCCUAAAAAUGUUUUCAGCAGAACAGGUUUUUAAUCAAAACGUAUGAAGGAAGAUUUUUUGUUGAGAAAAAGAUGUUCUUAAAACUUUUGUUCUUAAAAUGGAAGAAUUUCACUAGUGUCUAAGGGUUCAGUUGGUUGGACAUUUGCUGAGCUUCAUAAGUAGUGAUAUAAUCAUGAAUGGAGCUGGUGUCUGAAGUAAUAUUUACCCAGAAUCUCAGUCUUCUUUAAUAUUAAUUGGCUAAUAAGUUUAUCGUUUGACAACAGUCACAUUAACACCAGUGAAUUAACAUGGAAAUGUUAAACUUCCAUAAAAUAUUAAUUUUUUCAGUCUUUUAUAUUUGGAAAAGCAUUUGUAAAAAUGGGAAACGAAUAUGUUCCUCUUGCCUUCGUUUACUUUAGUUUUAAAGGUGUAAAUAAUUUUAUACACUGCUAAAAAUAGUUACAUCAGUCAUUCGUUUUCGAGGGCAAAGUGAAAAUGAGAAUUGAAACGCAUUAACUACAUUUGUGCCUAACGGUUAAGUUGAAGAAAAAAAACUUUUUGAUAAAUAAAUGUUUUCCCUUGGCUUUUUGUUAAUAUUUAAGAUAAUAUUUAUGAUAAUAUUGUCAUUGUGUGUGUUGCAUAGUGCAGUGUAAUUUGAAUAGUUUAACUAGCGUGGUAUCUCACUUAGGCGCGUGAAUUUUAGCGUCUUUAACGACUACUGCUUUUGUGAAAGAAAUUGAUUGCUUGAAAUGUAGAAAAUGUAGAAAACUAUUUUUGUAUUUUGAUUUUUGAUUUCCCUGUGAAGCUAAAAUGUUCAUUUUUUUGAUAGUUGGAUUGGGGGAGGUUGGUUUAGGUUAUAUGAUUUUAAUGUGUUAAAAAUACCAACGAUAAUAAAAAUAAGUUAAAGAAAA